AUGGCAAGCAAUUUUGGCAAUUGUCUUGUAUCAGAAGAUGUGACAAUUGAGAUUCUAUCAAGACUCUGUGUGAAAUCGUUGAUGCGAUUUAGUUGUGUUUGCAAAUAUUGGUACACUCUCGCAAGAAAUUCUACCUUUAUUAGCAAGCACCUCCACCAUCAUAAGAAAAAUCCACGUCUCCUUGUUCAGUACUACAACUAUAAGACUGAAAAAUAUGUUUAUACUUUAUUCCCAGAUGAAACGCUUUCCAGUGUACCCCAUGCAUAUGAUGAUAUGAAUGAUCUUGAGGUUCCCCGCAUUCCGGCUGCUGUUUUAGGACCCUGUGAUGGCCUUGUCUGUCUAUUUUAUCGUUCAAAACCCCAUCCCCAUCACAUGGCUUUGUGGAACCCGGCUACCAAAGAAUUCAGCUCCCUCCCUUUACCAAAUCCAAACUAUCCUUCACAUUUUAACGACUUCAUACAUUUGUUUGGGUUUGGGUUAGAUCCUCUAACAAAUGAUUAUAAGGUGGUUUGGAUGCGGAAUUACUGGGACGAUGAAUUAGAUUAUCUUUACCUUCCUAAUGUUGUUUCAGUGUACACCCGAUACACUGAUUCUUGGAGACACUUCGAAUUUGAGAAUAUCAUAACUUGUUCCAUAGAAAAUUCUUUGUGUAACACAUAUACGAAUGGAUUUUAUUAUUGGCUAUGCGAAACCGAUCUUCGUAAUUAUAAGCUCCUCUCAUUUGAUAUGAGAACCGACAACUUUAAAGAAGAGAUACCAACACCGCCAAAUCUUUGUAACUCCAUACUAUUGGGUAAUCUUACGAUGUACAAUGACCAUAUUGCUAUGUUUCUUUAUGAUUAUAAUUAUGACAUGGUUGAGCAAUAUAUUUAUACAUGGGUGAUGGAAGGGGAGGGUUCUUGGACUAAACAUUUAGCUAUUGGACCUCUUUACAAAAUUCACAGGCCUCUUGGCAUCUGGGAAAACGGUGAUCUUUUUAUAGAAUCUGAAACUGAACAUUUGCUUUUGUAUGACCAUAGUACUGAAGAAUUUAAAAACUUAGGACCUCGUGGAAAAGAGAGUUGCCUUCAGACUUUUACCUUCCAAGAAAGUCUGGUUUCACUUAAAGGAGGAAAUGCAUGCGAGGAGAGGAAUAAUUAUUUCUUUUUGGAUCGAGUGCAAGACUUUUUUACAUUUCCUCUCACAUGGGGACCAUUUACGGCUGAAGAAAUUUAG